AAAUUUCUCAUUUUCUUUAGUUUCAGGUUUUUCAGGACUAUGGAGGAACGGCGUUUUAUACGGCGCCCAAAUUUUGCACUGAGGUACCAGAGGCAUCAUACAUAUCAGUGGUCCAGCCUACAGCUAAGGCGUAAGCCCAGAGCCUCUCCUCCUUCCAGCCAGCAGUUCCACAAAGGCCUGAACAAGAAUAGCUCCACGGCACAUAUUGAACCCGGCAGAACAGACAUUUCUCGGCCAUCCUCUGGAAACAGAUCAUCACUGCCAUCCACAGUGUCACAGAAACCCAGCAACAGAGAUGCUCUCUCAUCUGUGACAUGUGCUGUGGCACGAAACAGAGCUAUACAGAAGAAACAAGAGCAGAUAGAGGAGGUGUAUCGGCAGGACUGUGAUACAUUUGGCAUGGUUGUGAAGAUGUUGGUGGCCAAGGAUCCAUCCUUGGAGAAGCCAAUUCAGCGGUCUCUGCAUGAAAACCUGAGGGACAUUGGCAUGCGUUGCAUCAAGGCCAUGGAGCAGUUCAUCCAUGAGUAUGAUUCCAGAGAGCUAGACACUCCAUCCACCUCCCAACUGCAUUCAAUCAAGUGACGACUGCAAACACAUGGCAAAAUCCAGCUACUUAUUCGCUUCUCAUGCACGCUAUCCAUUCAACUUUAAAAUUUGCCCCUCUUUAUCACACCUUUAGCUAUAUCAGUGUUUCUUCAAACAAUUUUCAUAUGGAUAGUCAAUCAAAUUACUUUUAUUAGACCUUUGUAUUCCUUUUUUUUGGUAAACAGAGGAUGUUCCACGUAUCUGUAAUCCCACAAAACCACUGAGAAAAGUCAACAAAAAUACAUGAAUAUGAAUAGUAUGAAUAUAAUAGACAUGUCUGCAUUUUACAUUAUCUGCCUUAUAUUGCUUGCAAAACAUAACUACAACAUCUGUUCCUUGUUGAGCAACAAGCUUAAAAUAUUGGUGGUCAUCAGAGUAAAAAAUACAGAAUUUGUUGUAUAUAAACUUAAAACACACAU